CUGGUUGCUAUAGCAGCAAAGAAGCGCUACGGUUCUAGUUACAUCAGGAACAACAAAAGCACUAUUUGUGUUCAGGUUAAUCAGAAUAACUGCCCAGCUACCACUAUGGAAACCUCAGCUGCAGCUGGCAAGCCAGUACAGAUCACAGUGAUGGAUGGAUAUGACUUGAAAGGUACUAAAGGGGAUACUCCAGUCACCUUUGUUCGUGCAGAAUUUAAUAAUGUGGCUUUGGGAGACUCUUCAAAAGUUACCGUUUCUUCUGAAGGGACAGCGAAAUACAACUUUACCAGCAGUUUUGACUUCACUUCUGAAGGAACCAAUACUUUAGAUGACCUUGCCCACAAGCCUGUGUUCUUGACUGUGUUUGAAGUUUUACCAAAGGAAAAGAAACAGAAAGAGGAGAAGACUGUAAUUCUGGGUCAAGCUGUUGUGGACCUUCUUCCUUUGCUAGAAGGAGAAUGCACAUUUGAAAUAAUGACUCCAUUACAUCCUAUUAUUGGCUCACCCUUGGAGAAUCUUCGACCAGGAGCUAAAUGUUGUCUGGAGGUAACGGUAUCCGUCUCAGAGGCAUUACUGACUACAGCCCAGAUCUUGGGGGGGAACCUGGUAAAGGUAACUUUAGAGGCUGCCUACUCUGUGCCAGAGAUUUUUGGGACUACAGGACCUCCGCAGAAUUACAUGGUUGGGUUGCAACUUCCAACAAUUGGAGAGAAAGAUUGUGCCAUAUUCUUCAAAAAUGGAACCCUAAAACUUGGUGGGGAAAAAGAAUAUGUACCCCGGCCCAAAAAAUGGCCCAUUGCCAACAUCCUGGCACCAGGAGCUCAGUACAUUCCUGAUUCUUUCAUUACUGGUGGUCCUUUCGUUGAGGAAGAUGGAGAGCUCAACUGUCCAGAGGACAAAGACUUCAGAAACCAAGCAGAAACUUUAAAGAAAAGAAUCGUCUGGGACUUUGAAAGUCGCUGCUACCUUGACCCUCCAGCAGUUGCCAAUUUUCAGAAACGAAUUGCAGAUUGCCGUUUCUGGCCGGUGGAGAUAACAAGAGUUCCUGUAGCUCCUGUGUCCAAAGGGAAAUCUACAAAAGUUGAUAAGGGUGAUGAUGAUGGACAGGUGUUCUUUCAUGGUGUGGCAUAUGUUAACAUGGUCCCUUUGUUGUACCCUGGUGUAAAGAGAAUUCGGGGAGCUUUCCGUGUUUAUCCCUAUUUAGAUGGUCCAGUAUAUGAGAAGACAAAGUGUCUGUUCAGCCUUUUCCAUGAUGUUGGUCACCAGAACAAAUUGGGAAAUGUUCCAGGGAUCAAUUCCCCUCUGGCUAAACCGAUCCUCACCAAGAUUGUGAAGGAGGAAAAGCCACCCAGAGAGAAAGACACUGUAAGGAAGUUAUCCAGUAUAAAAUCCCAGAGCUCAGACAACCCCCUGGAAGGGGAAGUUCCUCUGUACCAGAAUGCAGAAGGACAGCAAUACGUGGAAGCCGGGACAUACCUCCUUCUGGAGAUUGAGCUGGAGAAAGCCUUAGUACCAAAGCGAUUGCCAGAAGAGCUUGCAUCCCGGGUCAAGGAAAUGAUUCCUCCACGACCCGCCCUAGUCCGCCGAACAGGAGGAGCUCAGAAGGCAGUGGAUGACUACCACGCUCAGAUCCAGAACAUUGCCACAGCCAUCUUAGAAGAGUACCACAAGAUGUUCGGUAAAGAGCUCACUUCAGGAAAAGAUCUGGAUAACCAAACCUUGGAGAAUCACAAGUGCCAGCUCAAUUAUGAGCUCAAUUGCUCUGGAAAAUAUUUUGCUUUCAAAGAACAACUUAAGAGCAAGCCAGAUGAGACUCAGACUGCUGCCGUGGCCACUUCCACAACUUCUGAACAGCUCCGACUCUUUGCAUACGAAGCCCAAGUCAAUGAAGACUUUCCCCUGGCGACUGUAUACUACGAGGAGAGACUGGUUCGUGAUAACCAGAACCUGGAACACUGGCUGGAUUAUGGCUCAUUCUGCCUUCUGACCAAUGAUAUUCUCAAAGCACAAGAAUGUUUUCGUAAAGCUCUUUCAUUGAAUCAGACAAACAUAGACAGUCUGCUACUGUGUGGUCUUGUGGCUAUCAUGCUGGAGCACUAUGAGGAAGCAGAAAUUUUUUUCGAAGAUGCCACUUGCCUGGAACCAACCAAUGUUGUGGCAUGGACUUUACUCGGUUUGUUCUAUGAAAUUCAGAAUAAUGAUAUCCGAAUGGAAAUGGCAUUUCAUGAAGCCGCCAAACAGCUUAAUGCUAGAUUAGCCAAGGAAAAGAGUACUGCUGAGACUGUUGAUGUUGAAGGGAAGCUAGAGUCCAGUUUAACAGCUUUGGGAGUUGUGAUAGCUUCACCAAGCAAAGGAGAUAUACCACAAGGAUUGGGAGAUGACAUAUCCAUGCUGGAUGAGUUUCUUGAAGAGCCACCCAAACCCCAGUCUGAGACUGUGGAGCAUCAAAAGUCAGUACUCCUGCCCCAGGACCUGAUCCCCAUCCGUAGAAACUCCAAGUCUUUUUGUCUUUCUAAGGAGACGUCAAAGAAAGCCUCUCCAGGAGUUUCCCAAAGACCCAGCACUAUCUUCAUGGAAACCACACGCUUCUUGAUGAAAGUCAAUGCUGUUCAGUAUGUCCACAGGGUGCUCGCACAUGAAUUGCUGCACCCCCAAGGAGGCCCUAGCUGUGAAUAUUACUUGGUCCUGGCAGAGAUACACCUUCUUAAGAAGGAUUUCGCCAAGGCGGAAGAAUACAUCCACGCAGCCAGCCAGAUGGAUUACCUGAACCCUAAUGUCUGGGGUUUGAAGGGACACCACUUCUACCUGAGUGGAAAUCAUGCUGAAGCCAAGGAAUGCUAUGAGCGAACUCUUAGUUUUGUAGUGGAUGCUGCUGAAAUGCACUUCAUCUAUCUGCGACUGGGAUCCAUCUAUCUGGAAGAGGGAGAGAACGAAAAGGCAAAGAACACCUACCUGUUGGCUUGUAAAAAAUCACCUUCGUGCCUCACCUGGCUGGGAGUGGGAAUCGCCUGCUAUCGGCUGGAGGAGCUCACAGAGGCUGAAGAUGCUCUUUCUGAAGCCAAUGCCAUGAACAACUACAAUGCUGAAGUCUGGGCCUAUCUGACUCUGGUCUGUCUAAAAGCUGGGAGGCAACUGGAAGCAGAACAGUCCUACAAAUACACAUUAAAGCUGAAGCUGAAGGAUGAGGCUUUGCUCAAGGAGAUCCACAUGGUGCAAGACAUGGUUGGCUUUGGGGAUCCUUCCUUCUGAUGUCUUCCAAAGGAGUCAGACAAGUUCUGGGGCUGAAGAACAAGACAGUCUGCCCCAGCAGCUAUUUAAUUUUGAGUUUUGUUUUUUUGGUUUUAUGUUUCUUCCUUUUGUUGUUGUUUGUUUAAUGUUUCUUCUCUUUGUUUCUUUAUUAUUGUUACUCAAUAAGGUUAAUAAAAGAUAAGCAAGAAAAUAUGAAGCUCACCUAGGUCACUGGUGAGGGGACAAAGAAGGUAAUAGUGUCAGAACUGGGGGGAUGAACUAGAAGUAAGCACCACCAGAAUUUCUGGGGGGAGAAUGAGAGGCAAAGUAGUUUAGUAGAGAGAGCACAAGACCAGGAGCCAGAAUUGGGUUCUGAUCCAUAUCCUGCUAUUUACUAGCUGUGUAACUGGGAAAAUUCUUUCAUCACUCUAAACCUUAGUGUCCUCAUCUGCAAAAUGAGUGGAUUAGACUCAAAAAUGAGUCUAAGUUCUUCCAGGUUUUUUUUUCCCCCCAA